AAAACGUACCUUGUGCACAGCUUGUGAUCAUUCUUGUAUUCUUCCUCCCUCUAUCCAGCACUAGCCAUCUCGAUCUCCCUCUAUAUAUAGCUAGCGAACCAAGAGAGAAUUGAAGUGAACAAACUAGUAGAAAUCAAUCCACAAUGGCCAACUGCUUUGGUGCUGUGGUGGACAACUACAAGUUGGACGAGAUGGCAAGGUACGUGGGGAAGGCCAAGAGCCAGGAGGACCGGGCACGGGAGGCCGUCAACCUGGUGAACGAGGACAGCAAGAACGACAAGGCCUCCAAGUAUGUGCAGGGCGUCAAGGACUGGUAUGGCAACGGUGUGUCCACACUGUGCCUCAUCUACAAUGCUACUGGCAGCACCCUCCGCUACGUGGCAGACAAGGACUGGUACGGCUUCAUUUGUCGCACUCCCUACCCUACUGAGAUCGGCAAUGGCCAGUGGGCUGCCUUCCUCCAUGUCCACAACACCGGUGCCGCAUCAGGCUCUGAGGCUGCCGUCGUGUACCGUGGUACCAAUGGUAAUGGUGAGGAGCGUGACCUGCUCCUCGGCUGGAGCACCCCGUGGGGACCCUGGUAUAGUAACAAGGCUUAUUGUAAGAUUGGAGGCGUGGAUAGUUUCCAGUCACAAUGGGAUCAACUGUACAGCAAGAUAAAUAACGCUGAUUAUAAUUGGAAGGACAGUGGGGAUGGCUUCGAGGUGAACGCUAGCACUGCUACUGGUGGCGACCCCAUCUUCUCAGCGACAAUCAAAAUCCCUUUCAGCCCAUGAGAAUCGUCAUUGUCUGCAUGCUAAUGCAUAUAAUUUGCUACCUCCAUUUAUCAUAUGUAUCCGUCAUGCAGAUCAUACCAAAUAAGUCCAUCCAGAUGUUGUGUGUGUAAUCUAAGUUAAGGCAUAGAUAUAUAGAUGCUCUUGUAUGCAUCAUCAAAUGUAUGUGCCACCGGUAUGUACUCAUAUUUGUAAUAAAAUGGUGAUGGAGGAACACCGUCAAAAUCAUCAUAUCCAUUGUGCCA